GAAUGAAAAUCUCUUGUAUCAAUAUCGAGUACAUUUUCCUUAAAGAACAAGGGCAAAAUUGAUAAUUUCAUUCCGACCCUCUUAGAACAUUCAACUCGGAUUGGCGGCGAUUUCACGAAUCGUUUUCUCCCUCGAUGAUUUGCUUCCUUUUCUGAAAUUCUUGUUGCUCCUUCUCUUCCCUCGAAAAACCAAAGGAGAUUGAAUCAGAGAAUUCCUCAAUACCUCUCAAAUGUACUCCAGAUUCACCCGCCGCCUAAUCACUCAUCUCCACCACCACCUCCGUACCUCCACGUCCACCACAAUCGCCACCAGCGCCGCCGCCUUCCGCCGUCGCCACCACCACCACUCCGGCAACUCUUUCAGCUCAACUUUCCCGAAAUUUAAUCGCGCGAAUUCUAUAUGGCAACCUCCGCCUCACCGCGUCUCAUCCGAUCUCCGCUUUCUCUCAACACGGUCGGGCCGCCCGAAUCGCUCAGCCCGCCCCGAUAUUGGAGCUAGAGCCCGGCAGCUCCAGAACCGCCGCCUCUGGACUUACGCCCUGACGUUCAGCUGCAUCGCGGGGUUUAUAGUCAUCGUUAUUAAUCAAUUUCAGGACCAGCUUGUUUUCUACGUUACCCCAACUGAUGCCUUGGCCAAGUACACGGAGAAUCCUUCCAAGUCCAAAUUCCGCCUCGGCGGGCUUGUUCUCGAAGGCAGUUUGACGGAUGUUCCCACCUCGCCGGAGAUGGAGUUCGUGAUCACGGAUUUGAUGACGGAUAUUUUGGUGAAGUAUGAUGGGUCUUUGCCUGACUUGUUCCGGGAAGGCCAUUCCGUUGUGGUGGAAGGAUUCAUUCGGCCGUUUCCGAGAGAAAAUGAUGAGACUGUUGCAGGUAAAGGGCAAGAUCCUGGGAAGGAGUCCUCGUCGUCGGUCUCCGAGAAGGCUAGAAGCUUGGCUUGCUAUUUUAAGGCUACUGAGGUUUUGGCGAAGCAUGAUGAGAAGUACAUGCCACCAGAAGUGGCUUCCGCUAUUGAGAAGAAUAAGAAAAUUUUGAGCGAGGAGCAGCAGAAGCAUGAAGCAGAAAAUGCUGCUGCUGGCGGCAAAGGUUUAGCAUGAUUGGUUGUUGACUUUUGCCUUUCAAUUUUGUUUAUGAAUUAUUAUUAUUAUUAUCAUUAUUAUUCGUAUUAAUACAGAGUUCCAAAUGUAAGAGUGUAUUAAUCGAUUCGUUUCUGGUUGGAUGAAUGAAGAAAAAAGGGUGGAAAGGACAUAAGUUGAAGCGUUUCAGAUACUACAAUUUUUGCUUUUGUUUAGUGGACAUGAAAUUUUUGUGGAACCCAUGAAUACGAAGGCGGACAUAUCCUAGUAUGACACACAUUCAUUUGUCAUCCCUUAAGUACACAAUGAUUAAUAAAUGGCCUGUUUUUCUGCUUCUCUUUGCAGAUCCUAUCAGCAUGUUUGUUUGGGUUAACAUAUAUUUUUUCUUCACCAGUGCAAUGUGUUGCUUGCCUGCUUUCCGUUGAUUGUUUGCUUCGGAUUUCAUUUCUGAUUACCGUUGAUUCUUGAGUGUUCUCCAUUGGUAUUGUUUGUUUGCGUAUUACUUUGGAACUGCGAAAUAUUUGGAUAUCAGUUACAGGGAGGAAAACUGGGUACAACUAAAACGGUGUAUGCUACAUUUGUGUAAAGCACAUGAUACGAACUGGAAAGAGUUUCUUAAAUUGUUGGAUUGCUCCUGUCGUUCAAAUAAUUUGUCUUCUUAGAUGCAAUUUUUUCAAAUAGUUUCCAGGGAAAACCGUUGCCGUCAAGGAUAGAUGAUAUUUUAUUGUAGAUGGAAGUGGCACAAUUUCAAGUUUGAAGGUGCAUUUGUGUCCUUUAAAUUGACAUCUCUUGACAUCUUACUGGUUCUUUUUUUUUUUCCAUGGUUUCCCUCUGAUAGUUCUUAUAUACCUCUUAGCGCUAUCCUGUUUAUAUAGUUAACUAACUGUUGCCUGACUCUGUUGAGCAAACCUGGGUUUUUUCAUUGGUGUAUUUUCAUUUAGAAACAAUGUUCUAGAUGUUUCCUUGUUCUAUCUGAAAUAAAUUAUUAUCCGUCUCAUCUCUGGUCUUAUUUUUACUUGAGACUUCUUCUUGUGUCAUUAAGUACUGCAAGUGAUUCAUUAGAGUGUUUCUUUGGGCAGUCAUUUUUUGCCAGCGUUAACAAAUAUUGUUUGAUAAUUCCGCUGAAUUCGUUCAAGACCAAGUUUCAUUUGAAUGAGAGAGCUAAUACCCUAUGUGCUGCCUUUGAUAUGAUAAGCUGAUGAACAUUAGAAUUGCUCUUAAUGCUAUGCCAGCUAGGUUGAUGAGUAACAUGCAACGUUUAAACCUUUUGAUGUUAUGGCUUGAUUGCAUCAUUUAAAUUGUCUCAUUAAGUUUAAGGAAUGUUGAUGCAGGAAGAUUUCAGGGAUGCUUUAAUAAUAAAUUAUUAGCUUAAGUAGUUUCCUUUUAUUUAAAGUGUUUUUAUUUUGGCGUCAGUUUUUAGUCCUAGGUUUUGGCGUCAGUUUUUAGUCCUAGGUUUUGGCGUCAGUGGUUUAUUAUGUUGUGGUGGUUGUACUAAACUGUAAUGUAAAUGAAACGAUGCAUUGGAUGAUGUUGUACCACGUUAAUUGAAGAUGCCAAAAAGUGAAUUCUGUUGGGUUUAGUGUCCAUUUGUUAACCCUGGAAUGUUGACCAAAUUAAAAGAAAUUUCUACAGCACAGUCUAGAGGCUCUUCAAGUAGAACUGCUUAAUGGAUUAUAAUACUGGAUGCUUGUUUGGCCGGCUCCAAAAGAAAAUGAUAAUACUGUAGUAGGUAACUGUCAAGAGGCUCUUCCUGAAAAGAAGUCCUUGAUCUCUAAGAAGGCGAAAAGCUCGGUGCAUUAUUUUAAAUCUACUAAGGUUUUGGCGAAGUGCAAAGAGAAAGUAUAUGCCAGCAGAAGUGUCUUCUGCAGUAGAGAAGAGAGAGAAUUUUAAUUGAGGAGCAGCUGAAGCUUGAAGCACAAAAUUAUGGGGGUGGUGGUGCAGUUGGAACAAGAAAGGUUUAGUGCAACUGAUUCUGAUGUUUUUCCUUUCAUUUUUGUUUACGAUAUUAAGACAGAUUGUAGUUUAAAAUGAAAGAGUGUAUUAGAGUGUGGUCGACCAUUUUUGCUGGUCGGAUGAAAGAAGGGAAAAGAGCUAAAGGACUCCACGAGUAAAAGAGUUAUUGGUUCAGGGAUCCAUGUUUUGGCUAUUUUUAUGUGGAAAUUCUAAUGUUUUGGGACCCAAUACUAGGUGGCCAAAUUCAACUAGGUUGGGAAUUCUUGUGGCAUCCUUGCAGUAGUUAGUAAUAAUGAAUAAACAGGCUGAUUUUUG